UGAAGUAUCCUUUAGAAGAGGAGAUACGCGUCUUUCUUCACGUGAUCUGAUCUAUUCUGAACCAAGAUCCGUCUUGAUAUUUUCCUUUUUCAUUUUUUGUUUCUGGGUAACAAGCAAAAUCUUCGCAAUUAUUUGAUAUAACAAUAAUGCUGAUCGAAGUUUUAUGUGUAUAUAUAUAAACAUAGAGAGGAGGUGCAGAAGGAAGGUCUCAUCAGCUCUGGAUGCUUUUCUAAAACUAAUUAAGAAUCGAUCUGAUAAUCUUCUUCUGAUGAUGGAUGAUGAGAAAGCCAAGGAAUUAGAUCAAUUAUUCACUGAGACCCUGCCUGUUCUCCCAAGAUUGGAUCGUCUUGAUCGUUUGGUGGAGGCUUUGGAGGGGAAACAAUGGUUAUCAGAAAAGCAAAUUCGCGGUGUUGAGAGAAAGGAAGAGGAAAAAGAUGAAGAUGAGGGGAAGCAGAUCACCCUUUCAUCUGCACUGGAACAAGUUCAUCACAAAGGGACACUCAUGGACAGAAUAACCAUGCUUGAGAACAGAGUACUGCAGUUGAGUUUAAAGUACUUGGAGGAUAUGGGAAAAAGCAGCAUCAAUCCCAAACGUGAAGCAAUUGAGAGACCGGUGGAAGAUGCAAUCUCCCAUGUUCAACAUGCUACUGCAACUCACAAUCCGGUGGAGAGGAUGGAGAAAGUAGGGAGAAGAAAAGAGAAAAGGAAGCAGAGAAAGUGGCUUGAGUGGCUACGACGGCCUCCAUGUUGACUUUCUCCC